AUUCUAUAAAGCGCUAGUAGUCUAGCCGCAGCGUGAGAAGCGGCGGAUUCAGAAAAACAUUGAUAAGACCUUUCCGUUUCGUAUUCUGUAUAUCUUAGUCCGUGAUGUUUACUAAUCGUUAGAAGGGUAAUAUGAUAAUAAAUAACAAUAUUAUUUCAUAUAAAACAAGCCCGAUGCCAAUCAAAACGAUUAGAAUUUGUAAAAAUUGCCCGAGUGACAAAUGGCGUUGGGCAUCAUAAUUCAAUAAUGUUGUCGGCUAUCAAGUUAUUAUAAUUUAUAUCUAUGGCUCUAACCAGCAGUACCUAAACCAUGAUUACAGAUCGUGACCAAACGUCGUAUUUUUGUGAUAAGCUGUCGACUUGUUAUAUCACGGUCGUUACGACUCUACGAGUUUAAACAGUACAGUGAAAAUGUUAUAACCACAAGACGACGCAUGUCCAACUUGAUCUGUAGUUAAAGAAAUCAAUUGUAGUGCUUAAUCUAAACGUUUCCUGAAUAAAGUGAUUUUUUUCAUUAAUUGUCUUUAUUUAAUGGCGUUCGGUAAAUAAAUAUUUCUCAGUUGUUUUGAAUUUUGAUAAGGAAACUCGUGAAUGACUGUACUGUAAGUUUGUUGUGCUAGUUGUAUAAGUAUAAAUGCCAGUAUUUUAAUUUGUGGACUUAAUAUCCUUUAUUUAAUUUCACGUACCGAAAACAUACAAUUUAAUAUGUGUUCUUUGAGAGAUUUUCCUGAACUACGGGAUUGCAGUCUCACAGAUAAGAACGUAUCCAUGGCAUUGGUCAUUAAAAGAGUGAAACCUGAGGCAAUUGAUUACCCAAAUAUCGUGAUCCAGUUGAAAGGAGAUCAAAAUCCUGAACCAUUAUUUUUACCAACUUCAAGACUAACAACACUACAACAAAUUUUAAGUAAAUUUUCUGAGGAAAAAUUCUGGACUGCGUGUGACGAACUAGCAAAAUAUUUUAAAAGAAAUCCAAGUAAUUUAUCAGUUCUUAUGUAUCCGUUAGGAGUAAUUAUGAGAUUUUCUCCUCGUGCAAGUUUGAAGGGCUCUGAAAAUUUGGUGUUGACAGAUAUAAGUAGAACAAAAUUGUGGUCAUCAAGUGUGGUACGUUGUAUGGCAUGGCACCCACAAGUAACUAAACUUGCUAUUGUUUCUUCCCAUGAUAUUGUUUAUGUGUUCAAUCGAAAAGGUUCUGAAGCUAAAAUAAAAAGGAAAUAUCAAAGUGCCAUUUUAUCAUUAGCUUGGAGACCAUUGAGUGUUGGUACUUUAGCAGUGGGAUGUGAAAAAGGUAUUUUCAUCUGGACGAUUGAGUUUAGCAACAUACAUGUAAGACCAACUGUAAAUAAUGUUUGCAAAUUUGUCAGAGAUGAUCAUAGAUAUAUUACUGGAUUAUCAUGGAAUAAAAUGGGUGAUCUUUUGAUAUCCAGUGCAGUGACAUCUAAAACAAUGUAUGUUUGGAAUUAUCCUUUAGAAACCUGUGUUCCAUUGCGCAGCAUUAGUUCUGACACAUUAAAUUUCGUACAUUGGUCGCCUGAUAAUACUAAAGUGUUUUCCUGUUCAACUAGUGAAACAUUUAGAAUUUGGUCAACUGAUAACUGGACUUCAGAUAAGUGGUCAUUGAAUAAUCGGUCUAGAGUGCAAUGCGCAUGUUGGUCACCUUGCAGUUUAAUUUUAUUAUUUGCAACAGAUUCUUGUUCAAUUAUAAAUGCUAUUGACUUUCGGAAAUCAGAUGUGUUCAAUGGAUCAAGGAAUUACAAAAAAGUUGCAUGGCCUAUAGUUGACAUCAAAAGUGAAUGUAUAAAUGAUAAAGUAAUUGGUGGAACACUUUCUGAUAUGUGCUGGGAUCAAAACGCUCAACGUUUAGCUAUAACUUUUAAAAAUAGUGGGUCUUUAGUUGUAUUUCAAACUGCUAUAAGUGAAGCUGUUGUUGAUUGUAUUCCAUUUUGUAUUAUUCAGGGACGGCUUGAUGAGGAACCUUCUGCUAUUGCAUUCCAACCAACUUACGAAAAAGGGUCUUUGUUAACAAUUGGUUGGUCAAAUGGGAAUAUUGAAUAUGUACCAUUUGAAUAUAUUACUAAGCCAAAACAUGAACCUGAAAUGUUUGGAUCUAAUUUGUUUGGUAUAAACAAUGAUAGAAGUAUCUCUGGUUUACCUAGUAUGUCAACUACUACUAAUACAUUAAUUGAAUAUUUGUUAAACUAAUUUGAAAUGUAUUGUUUCUUUUUCUUAAUUUUUUUAAUUUUAAUCUCAAGUUUAAUAGUGGAUUAACCAUCAUUAUAAUACAAUUCCAAAGUUAAUAAAAUAUUAUAUUCUUACUUUUUUUUUAUUGCAACUGUACAAAAAAAAAAUAUAUAUAUUAUAUUAUUAACUAUUAAUAUCGAACUUUAUUUUAACAAAAUGUAUGUAUCAAUUUUAUUAAAUGAGAUAAUGUAAACCUAUUCGAUUAAAAUUGUAUAUUCAUUUCAAGACACAAGUUAGUAAAAAUAUUUUACCCGUUGGGGCAAUACGUUAGAAAAUGUACUAAAUUCUCUUUAAAAAUAUUUUACUUUGCCCUUAAAUAAUACUAUUUGUGUCAGAUUUUAAUUAUAUUAACUAGUUGUUUAUUUAAGUUUUGUGGUUUAAAAAAAAAUGUAAUAUCAUUGAGUAUAUUAUAUUGUAAAGAGAAAAUAUGUUUGACGCUGAUAACAGAGCUCGCGAGUCACUAACAUAGUUAUUUUAUUUUUUAAUAGGUGAAAUGAAAUUAUAUAAUAUCAUAAUAAUUCAUUUUACUACUUUAUCGAAAAUGCUAGGUUAUAAGUAAUUACUUUAAUGAUUAAUUUGACACUGGCGAUUGUCUAUAAUAAUUAUUAAUAAGUAGAAUUACUAAACUCUUUUCGCCUCGGCGACUAAUUUUUCCAUGCUCCUGCUCCAUCAAUUAGCAUCCUCCCCAAGAACUAAAAAUAUAUUUUAUAAUACAUUGCUUGUCUAUGCAAUAUAUUGUACUCAAUGGUAUUAUGUUUAAGAUGUAUUAUUUAUAAUAAUAUAUAAUAAUAUAUUGCUUUUUUUAAUUAAUAGUUUCAUUUAUUUUAUAAGCAUUCAAAGUUAAUAUGGAUUAAGGGAUUUCACACAAAAUUGUUGUUUGCAAUACUAAAAAACAAUUAAUAACUAUUAACUAAAUAUUUAUAAUUUUUUUUUUUUAAAUUGUUUUUAAACUUAUAAAGUUAAAAUAUGGUUUAUCAUUUAAUAGAUUCAACAUUUUUAACUACAAACUAAAUAUUGAUUGUAUACUUGUGCACUUUUCAUCUUUUGGCCUAAAAAAUCAUUACAUGGCUAAGCUGCAAUCUUUUUUUUAGCUCAUAAAUUCAAGAUUAAGCUCCUAAUGUAUAUUAUGUAAUUUAAUAUCAAGAUAAUAAUAUAUUAAUAUUACUAUAUUAUGUGGGUAUAAAAUACUCAAUUUAUAAAUUGAUUUGUAUUCAUAAAAUAUGAAAUAUAACACAUAAUCAUUGUUGACCAAAUUCUUGUUAAUUUCUUAA